UUCAGGGGCACAUAUGUACACGGUGCGAAACUCGGCCACAGCCACGGACCAACACUCAUCACCAGGACUUCAUUUAUGUCUGGUCGUCGAGUUUAAUGUCUAUAAAUAUCUCUCGUAGCUGAGGUGGAACAAUGAAGAGCGUUCGUGGGCGACACACACGAACAAGGUCCGCCGCAUGUUAAACUACUGUUGCAUGUAGGUGGGAGAGCGCUGUCGCUGUCCCAGGUUGCUGAAAGCGCUCGUCAGUCGAUCUGCGGCAAGCCAACGGAGACAGUAAACGGUUUUUGAUCGAGACAAUAUGCACGGACUGAUGUGAAUGCUGAACAAUAGCAAGGCAGUUAACGUAGCUCUAGUCAGAGUAAAUGGGACCUCACGUCCUCUAAUGUUUAAAGGAUGAAGAUAUUUUUCCUGUCAACCGUGCCACUGCUAAUUCUCAGCUGUCUAGUUGUCUCUCGCGUCUUUGCUGACAGUUUGGCGGCUCCUGUCAAUGUGACCAUCAAGGCUUUGAAGUCCAACUCUGCCGUGGUGACAUGGGACAUCCCCGAAGGGGACCUUGUCAUCGGCUUCGCCAUCACACAGCAGAAGAAGGACGUGCGCAUGCUGCGCUUCAUCCAGGAAGUGAACACCACCACCCGCUCCUGUGCAUUAUGGGACUUGGAGGAGGAGACCGACUACAUUGUGCACGUGCAGUCCAUCAGCAUGAGUGGGCCCAUGAGUCAGCACAGCGAACCCCUGCGCUUCCGCACGCCCAAGGAGUCUGAGACACAGGCCUCGAAGAGUAAAGACGAGGUGACCAUGGAGGAAGUGGGAGCUCAGCUGAGGGCGGGGGAGUUCAUCAUUAUCGUGGUGGUGCUGAUCAUGUGGGCAGGUGAGGGGUGGAAUGUUUCAAAAGGUGUGAUCGCUCUCUUCUGCCGUCAGUAUGACAUCAUCAAAGACAAUGAGCCCAACACCAAUAAGGACAAAGCUAAGACCUCAUCAGAGUGCAGUACUCCGGAGCACCCAACGGGGGGGCUGUUGCGCAGUAAGUUCCCCAAGAACAACAACAACAACAACCGGGCUCCAUCUGUGAACAUCAUCGAGGUGUGACGGCCAGAACACUCUCUAAUCCAAAGGAUUGAGUGUAUUCUAAACAGAGCAACCAAAGGGCCCUUUAUGCCCAUCUGCUUGUUAGGAUGAGGCUAGGACUGUGGGUCGUGGCCGGCCCUUUGGCAUGGGGCCUGGGUGUGAACUGGGCCCUCAGGACUCCAGGGUCCAGGUCUCAGAGGAGAGGCUUUAGAUGUGGUGGCAGGACUGUGGCUGUCGCUGCUCUAAUUAUUGCCAGAAGGUCAAGGAGAUAAAGGCCAAAUGGGUUCAGCUAUGAGUUGAGAGAGAGGAGAUAUGAACAUGGCCAGGGGACUGCAUAUAACCAGGGCCAGAGACCCUCUCUCUCAGCUUGUUGUUAAUGAACUGAAACACACUGUCCCGGCCCCUGUUCCCCAUACUGCAACCAAGGCUUGAGCACUGUGCACCGUGUGAAAAUGAACUCCCCCUACUGCAUCUCCUCUCUUACAGUGUUUAUUUAUUUGCCUCCUAUUAUGCUCAUUUGCUGUAAGGCACAUACUGUACUUUCCUUACUAUUGCUUACCUCCUUUGACAUAUACCUCUUAUUCAAACUACAGUAUAUAUCACUGUAUCAAAACCUGUUUCAACCUGUUUCAUCUAUUCACAACUACUUCUUAUUGCUAAAGUACCAGUUUUAUAGAUCUCCUUCUGGCUCAACUCCCUGAAACCUCCUCUGAGAUGUGUUUUCAUUCGAUCAGAGCUAGUUAGUUCCCCGCCCAGGGAAUUCAGACAAUACAAGGCUAAUUUUGGAGGCCUUUCGGAAUCCAAGCUGGUGGCUAUGACGUCAGGGCAAGAUCAAAAGGAGCACUCAAGACACCCGUGCGGCAGAAUUCUCCAUUUAUCUGGAGAAUUAAAGCUUGUUAGCUCUGACAGCAGAAAAUAACUUUGUCAUUUAUAAACAAAUCUGGUCUCUACAUUUAUCGUUGAUUUACCUUAAAUAUAACAUUUUCCUUUUUUAAAAUCUCAAUAUCAAAUAAUCUCUGGGCAACAAUUAAGUAUGUUACUGUGUUUGUUUUCGGUUAAAAUGAUCAAAAAGAAGAAAAAAAAUGCUUCUUAGGAAAGAGCAAUUUCUCAAGCAAGAAUUAUGCUAGGACCGUCUGGGAGUGGUCUGAGUGGGGAGGGGAAACCUGGAAACUAGCUGUUAUUGGCAGAGAGGUUUGGAACUAUCUUUCUUAUUGGACUAUUAACUUACCGCAUGGUGAUGUCCCCAUGGAAAGCCCAAAGCUCCAUUCCACCAAAACAGGUGAAGUUUCAGGCAGUCUUUUCAAACUGCUCUUACAAUGCAAGGGGUUUAUCCAAAUGUUCACAAUUACACAGUAUUAUUCCAAUCUCAAUGGGCAAAUAUAUAUAAAACACAGGAAAAUCACGUUGACUGAACUGGGCCUUUAAGGGGAUAAUCCACACCAAACGGCUAAUUCAUACAAUUAACAGUGUUAAAUAACACUAAUAUGUGAAUAUAUUUCUUAACAAAUGUUUAAUUUUGUUGUUAUAACAAGGUUGCUAAACAUAUGUGAAAAGCAUUGUGGAAAUCUCUUGCAACAAAACCCAUGCUAUUUCUGAACUGGCUGGCUAGCUAGCUAGAAAACAUAGCUAUACACAAUAAUACCAAAGUCAAUAUCAGCAUGUGAAGUAGCUAGCUAGCUGUAUAAUCGCCUAAACAAAUUGCACAAUCAAUUUAGGAGUCUCUUAAAAUUGCAGUUCAUCAACUUGCAAUGAAGCGAGUGCAGAUAUGGUACGUUGCUAUGGCAACAACGGCCUUUUCCCACUGAACAAGGGGAGCAUAGAGAUAAAUAGUAAUGUCGUCUUUUUGAGGGCAUUAAAUCCACCAUGGUUCGUUAGUCAAAGCAUAUGGGAAAAUAAAUGGCCUUUUAGUAGGGGUUUUGGAUAAACACGGGUUUAGGAGAUUUAGGUUUUGUUCUAUGGAAAGUUUAUGUAAUAAAAAAAGGCACAUACACAUAAAAGGCUUCAUAUUUCAAAAAGGUCAUGUUAGCUGACUGAUAUUAUCGCAUAGAACAAAACGUAUAAGAUCUCCUAAGCCUGUGUUAACAUCAGAUCUUAUUUUUGGCGUUUAUCCCAAAACCCUAUUCUUUCCCCAUAGAUAGGUUAGCUGAGAACGUCACAAAAACGAUGUGCUCCUCUAUGGGGCAGUAGUCCAGCAUGCUGUUGUGAUUCUGGAUGGCCAGAUUGCUAGCAAGAAUGACAAGAAACUGUCAUGUGGGGAAUCGUAACUGGCUCGUUUCAUCUUGUUCUUGAUACCAUGUCUUGUUUGAGGUGUUUUGACUGAUUUAAUGUCAAUGCUGAUAUGGCUA